CUUUUCCUGCUCACAUGUACCUCAGAACUCAGUCUAGCAGACAGCGCUCUCUUCUCCCUCCAAGACACCAUGAUGCAAUUAAGGACUUUAAUUUUCACAUCUAUUAUGAUCCCGUGGAUACGGUCUUCUGCAGCACAACAUGAAUACAUGGAAGCAAGAAAACCUGAGAGAGACAUUAUGAAGUAUCCUGAUUAUGCCUUGCCUCAGGAAUCAGACACUGACGCAGCAGAUCCAAAAGCUGAUGAGUUGCCGACGUGUCUACUGUGCGUUUGCCUGACUGGAUCUGUUUACUGUGAGGAUGUGUCUCCUGAAAUGUCAUCUGUCCCAGCACUGCCCAAGGAAACAACAUAUCUCUACGCACGCUUCAACAAAAUCACAAAACUUCACAAUCGAGACUUUGCAGACAUGGCCACAAUAAGAGUAAUUGAUCUAACUGGGAAUCUCAUCGCUGACAUAGAAGAUGGAGCUUUUUCCAAACUUCUCAAUCUUGAGGAGCUCACUCUCACAGACAAUAAACUCACCAAACUUCCAAUACUUCCCAACAAGCUAGUGUCAUUUAAUGCCAACUUCAACAAGCUUAGAACCCAGGGUGUAAAGGCAACAGCUUUUAAAAAACUCACCAGAUUGGCAUAUCUUUACCUUGGAAACAAUGAACUGACAGCAGUGCCCCAACUUCCAGAGUCUCUUCAUGUUGCGCACCUGCACAACAACAAGAUCUCAACAAUAACAGAUGAAACAUUCUGCAAAGGCAACACCAGUCACUACAUCCGCCACAACUUGGACCAGGUGAGACUGGACGGGAACCCGCUGAAGCUGUCGCAGCACCCCAACAGCUUCAUCUGUCUGCAGUAUCUCCCUCUCGGAUGGAACUGAAAUGACCAAAGCAUGUUUUUUUUAAACCUUAGAGGGGGCGAGGGAGGUUGAUCUAUGUAAACUGAUGCAGACGGACGCUUAGUAAGAAUACCACGAACAAAAUACUGUUCUUAAGUUACUUUUUAUAUACUCAAAUUUACAAUACAGUUCAAGAUGAUGCAACUUUUUUUGUAGAAUACGACAGAAAUGAUGAAAUUAUUGAACAGACGGAAAGACAGAGCUCGUGUUUUUGUUUCUUAUCGGUGUUUUCUGCCAGUGUAAGACAAAUCCGUGCAAAACCAUCCAAGAUGUCAAUAAACACAAUAUGUUUGUAGCUUUUCAUUGUUACAAUUAGGCUGAGACUUUGCCGUCUUGGCAGGUGCUCAGCAACAUUUUUACAGAUUCAUUGUCAAACCAAUACUGAGAUCUGGUUGUGGUUGUUAUGAAUAAAUAUGACGUUUGUUGUGAUUUUGUUUUGUUUUUUCAGCUUUUGUGUGUUGCUGUUUCUUAAACCAAAGAUAUAAACAAUAAAAGCUGCAUGUUGGAAGAGAU